CUCUAGUUUUGUCUACAAUUUCAAAUUUGAGUUUGUUGCCAAUUUCAUACUCUGAAUCUGUAAUUUGGAAUUAAGAAGCUUUUGUUUUGUUUGCAGGUCCUGAAGUACAGAAAAUUACCUGGAAGUCAACCAUAUUGGUGGAAGAAAUGGCUUCCAAUGCAACAACGGGAACUGUAUGUCCAGCUCCCAUGGCAGCUACUUCUAAUGGAGUCUUCCAAGGGAAUAAUCCUCUAGACUAUGCACUACCUCUCGCCAUUCUACAGAUUUGCCUUGUUGUCACUCUCACACGAACUCUUGCUUAUUUCCUCAGACCUCUCAGACAACCUCGUGUCAUUGCUGAGAUCAUUGGAGGAGUAUUUCUUGGGCCAUCAGCACUGGGUCGUAAUACGAGCUAUUUGAAUUCAGUUUUCCCCUCAAGAAGCCUCACAGUCUUAGACACUCCGGCUAACCUUGGACUUCUCUUCUUUCUCUUCCUGGUAGGGACAUGA